CUUGCGGCAGCCAUCGACACGACAAGAUAAAUAAUGCUCCUCCGCCUCGGCCUCGCCGUCGUCCCGACCUCGCUGCCCCGCGUUCAUCCGGCUCCGAUCCCACUGCUCCAACGAACCCGGUCCUGCCUCUCGCGCCGCCGCGCCCUCCUCCUCCCACUCUCCCUCCCCCUCUCCUCCUCCUCCGCCGCGACGAUGUCCGCACAACCGCCGCCGGCGCCGCCGGUGGCCAGGAAGAACCCGCGGGAGCUCGUGGAGCACGGGGACGCGCGCGUCGACGACUACUACUGGCUCCGCGACGACUCCCGCUCCGACCCCGCCGUCCUCGCCCACCUCCGCGCCGAGAACGACUACACCGCCGCCCUCAUGGCCGAUACCAAGCAACUCGAGGAUGAAAUAUUCGCUGAAAUUCGAGGAAGAAUCAAGGAAGACGACAUAGACGCACCUCUUCGCAAAGGGCAGUAUUACUACUAUGAGAGGACAUUAACCGGCAAGGAGUAUGCGCAGCACUGUAGGCGUCUUGUGCCAACUGAUGGUCCUGUUACGGUCCAUGAUGUGAUGCCCACAGGGCCGGAUGCACCUGCUGAGCAUAUCAUUUUGGACGAGAAUGUAAAGGCUGAGGGCCAUGACUACUACAGCAUUGCGACUUUCAAGGUCAGUCCCAGCGGCAAGCUGGUUGCCUACGCAGAAGAUACUAAAGGUGAUGAAAUCUACACUGUUUUUGUCAUUGACGCGGAGAGUGGAGAAUAUGUUGGGCGGCCACUUAAAGGAAUUACUUGUGACAUUGAGUGGGCUGGUGAUGACAACCUUGUUUACAUAACAAUGGACAACAUUCUUCGACCAGAUAAAGUAUGGAUUCACAAGUUAGGAUCUGAUCAGUCGGAUGAUAUUUGUCUGUAUCAUGAAAAAGAUGACACAUUUUCACUUGGUCUUCAUGCUUCUGAAAGCAAGAAGUAUUUAUUUGUUGAAUCUGGAAGCAAAAAUACAAGCUUUAUAUUCUACCUAGACAUAUCCAGUCAGGGCAAGGAGCUUGUAGUUUUGACUCCUCGUGUGUAUGGCAUCGAUACAACAGCUAGUCAUCGUGGAAACCAUUUCUAUAUUACUAGGCGAAGUGAAGAAUUCUACAACUCGGAAUUGGUUGCUUGCCCUUUAGAUAAUGUAUCUGAGACCACAGUCUUGCUACCACAUAGAGAAAGUGUGAAAAUUCAGGACGUCCAGCUCUUUGAGAAUCAUAUUGCUGUAUAUGAGCGUGAGAAUGGUCUACCAAAAGUAACUGUAUAUCGCUUACCAGCCACUGGAGAGUCAGUUGGGCAACUUCAUGGAGGGCGUGCGAUUGAUUUUGUUGAUCCAGCAUAUGCAGUGGAACCUGAGCCAUCACAGUUCAAUUCAAAUGUUGUUCGUUAUUAUUAUAGCUCAAUGAGGACGCCACCCUCUGUUUUUGACUAUGACAUGGACACUGGGGUGUCGAUUUUGAAGAAAAUUAACACUGUUUUAGGUGGAUUUGAUGCCUCAAACUAUGUAACAGAAAGAAAAUGGGCUGCUGCUUCUGAUGGAACUCAGAUCCCCAUGUCCAUUCUUUACAGAAAAGAUAUGGUGAAUCUUGAUGGCUCAGAUCCCAUGCUGCUGUAUGGAUAUGGCUCUUAUGAGAUAUGUAUAGAUCCGACUUUCAGGGGAUCAAGAUUCUCUUUGGUGGAUAGGGGUUUUAUAUAUGUGAUAGCUCAUAUCCGCGGAGGUGGUGAAAUGGGGAGGAAGUGGUAUGAAGACGGGAAGCUGUUGAAGAAGAAAAACACUUUCACUGAUUUCAUUUCUUGUGCUGAGCACUUGAUAGAAAACAAAUAUUGUACAAAGGAAAAGCUUUGCAUCAACGGGAGAAGUGCAGGUGGCCUAUUGAUGGGUGCUGUCCUAAAUAUGAGGCCAGACCUAUUCAAGGCGGCAGUUGCUGGGGUCCCUUUUGUUGAUGUUCUCACAACUAUGCUUGAUCCAACUAUCCCAUUAACUACAGCUGAAUGGGAGGAGUGGGGUGAUCCCAGAAAAGAAGAAUACUACUAUUAUAUGAAAUCAUAUUCUCCAGUUGAUAAUGUAAAAGCACAACAGUAUCCCCACAUCCUGGUUACUGCAGGUUUAAACGAUCCCCGCGUGAUGUACUCGGAACCCGCCAAAUUCGUGGCGAGGCUGAGGGAACUGAAGACGGACGAGAACCUCCUGCUGUUCAAGUGCGAGCUGGGUGCUGGCCACUUCUCCAAGUCAGGGAGGUUUGAGAAACUGAGAGAAGACGCGUUCACCUACGCCUUCAUCCUCAAGGCGCUGGGCAUGACUCCUGGUCUCGAGGCCUCUUCAUUGUGAUUUGCAUAGGCUCAUUGCCGGUCGAACUCGACUGAAUUUGAUUCGAUUUCGAUUGCCCCAAAAGAAGAAAAGAAUAUAUUAUGAUAGGGAAGGCCAUUUUGGUCUCUUUUUUUUGUGUGUGUGUUGUUGCGAAUGUUGGUCUCUGAAUUCAGCUGUGAGAGAUCCAGUGGAUUGUAGCAACUGUAAGAAUUGAGUUUUGUAGCAACUGUGAGAGAUCCAGUGAAUUCUGCUCCCUGGCACUAGUUGCUUUUGUGUUGUGCAUAAACUAAGAUCUACAAGGUGUCCAAAGUCCACAAACCUUGUGUUGUUCUU